UUAAUUUUAGUUUUUAGAUGUUAUAAAGGAAGGGUAGUUAGAGGAGUUUGUGUUUGUGAUCAAAAUUAUAUUGGAAAAUUCUGUGAACGUGAAAUGCAUUGUUUAGGAUUUGAAAGAACAGAAAAUGGAUCUUGUUAUAAUUGUAAAGAAAAUUUUUGGGGAACAGAUUGUGACAGACCAAAAUGUAAACAUGGAGGGAAAGAAAAUAAUUACACACAAAUAUGUGAAUGUAUUUCCCCUCAUUCUGGUGUACAUUGUGAAGUAUUACGUGUAGAAGAUGUUUAUUAUCAUUAUAAUACAAGAGCUUAUAUUAUUGGCCCAAUUGGUGUACUUUUAAUUAUUCCGAUGGUUAUUUGCUUCAUUGUUUGUGAAAGAAAUGCAAGAAAAAGGCAAAUUAAUCGAAUACAGAAAACUUGGGCAAAUGAAUUAGAAAAUAAAGAGGAAAUGAAAGAAAGAAGAAAUUCUUUACUAAAUUAA